AUGUUUUAAAUUAGUUUUUAUAAUUAAAAAUAUCGCUAUCCAAGACAAAUAAACAGUUUUUACUAAAGUUUAAGUAUCAAAUUUGAGAGAUUAAUGCAAUUUGCUAUAGAAGAACCUAAGCUUAAUGUACCUUCAUCACAAAUUUAAUUGUAUCUUUUUAAUAUUGAAGAAAAAUAUGAAAUUAAAAUUGUUAAUUAGUAGGAAAAAGUGAAGAAAAAAUGUGAAAUAAUAAGAUUAAUUAAUAAUAAAAGAAAAAUUAAAAAUAAAAUGAUGAGUUAAAUUUACAAAAAGAGCAAGCACAAUAAAAAGAAAAAGAAAAAAGAAUUUUAUUUUCUUUAAUUAAGAUUAAUCCAAUUUUCAAAUGCAGAACCUAAGCCUGAUGCACCAAGGGCAUUAAUUUAAUUGUACCUAUUUAAAUAUAGAAGAAAAAAUGAAUAAUUAAAUAGUUAAUUAGAAGGAAAAUGUGAAGAAAAAAUAGGAAAUAAUGAGAUUAAUUAAUUAAUAAUUAAAGAAAAAGUUAAAAAUAAAAUUAUGAGUUAAAUUAACAAAGGCAGACAAAAAAAGCAAGUACAAUAAAAAGAAAAAGAACUUUAUUAUUUUAAAUUAGUUUUUAUAAUUAAAUAUUUCACUCCAAAACAAAUAAAUUGUUUUUACUAAAGAUCAAGUGUCAAAUUUUAGAGAUUAACGCAAUUUGCUAAAGCAGAGCCUAAGCCUGAUGUACCUUGA